AUGACAUCCUUUUAUGAUGAGAUUGAAAUCGAAGACAUGGAUUUUAAUGAGGAAGAAGGAAUCUAUACAUAUCCAUGUCCUUGUGGAGACAGGUUUGAAAUCUCGGUGGAUGAUCUAAGGGAUGGAGAAGAUGUUGCUCGAUGUCCUUCUUGUUCUCUAAUCAUUCGAGUCAUUUACGAUCCAGACGAUUUUGCAGACGAAGAAGACGAUGAAACAACGUUCGUAGCAAUGCCUGAGGCAGUGUCUGCUUAA